UGAGAUUCUCAACUUGAGAUUCUCAAGUUGAGAAUCUCAAUUUGGGGGAAAACGAAGAAUUGUGCGGUUUACAAUUCUUUCAUGUGUUUUACAAACACGUUGUUCAAUUGAUGUAAAUAAAAUUCAUUCAUUUUUUUGUGUUGAAUACUAUAAUAGAAUGCUACAAGAUUUUAUAAAAUUUAAAAUAAGGAACAGAAAAUGACCUCCUUAGUUCGCGAGCUCAAGGAUUAUAGGGUUAGCUCCGUGCUAAAUGGAGAUAAGAAGAUGUAUGGAAAAACAUUUUUAUUCGAUGGGAGUGAUGAGACAUGUUGGAAUUCUGAUAAGGGAUCCUCUCAAAAAAUAGAAUUCAGCUUCAGUGAGCCUAAAAAUGUGACCCAAAUAAACAUUCAAUUUCAAGGUGGCUUUGCAGCGAAGCAAGUUGAAUUGCAAAGUGUGGAAAAUUGCGAUAGUAGUAGUAAUAAUGUAGAAAAACACGAAUUUCAUCCACGGGACACGAACCAAUUUCAGGAAUUCAAACUGGAGAAACCAAUGACUUCUUCCAGUUUUAAGCUAACCUUAAACUCGAGUUUCGAUUUUUAUGGAAGGGUAAUAAUUUACCAUUUCGACGUAAUAGGAUCAUAGGAAAAAACCACUUAUUGUAUUUUGUACUUUGUAAGUAAAAAUGAAACAUAAUAAUAUCAUACAACAAAGGAA